AUGCGGUUCCGCAGGGCGGCGACGGGUGCGCGCCUGCUUGAGAUCGGAGGGGAGGACUCGGCGGCGAAGGCGGACUCCCUCGCUAAGAAGCUGAGGGAGGUCCUCAGCCCGGAAGCGGUCAGGGUCGUCCGCCCAGUGAAGCGCGCGGAAAUCCGCGUCACUGGGCUGGACGACUCAGCCGACGCCAUUGAGGUGGCUGAUGCUGUGGCCAAGGAAGGAGGGUGCGCGGUCGAAGACCUCAAGUAUGGUCGAAUCGUCGUUGGGCCGAGAGGUGAUGGCUCCCUCUGGCUCAGCUGUCCUGUCGCGGCCGCCAGGAGGCUGUCCGACUCUGGCCGACUACUGGUCGGGUGGACGUCGGCCAGAGUAAGCUCCUCGACUCCAGACCGGCACGGUGUUACCGCUGUCUGGAGCCCGGGCACCUCGGAGUCAAGUGCUCGUGCGAGGUUGACCGCAGCAAGCUCUGCUUCCGCUGCGGCCAACCCGACCACAAGGCGCGGGACUGCUUGGCCGAGCCCCACUGCCCCGUCUGUGAGACGGCAGGCAAGCCGGCGGCUCACACCCGUCGGCGGCAGCGGAUGUAUUUUCUGCUGCAAAAAGCCGGCAGUCAAAGGUCCGAAGACGGUUGCGCCUAAGCGAAAGGCGAAAAAGCGCAAGGCCAAGAGGGCCGGGGCGGAGCAGAUGGACACCGUUCCAUAA